AUGGACGCUGAUUGCAAUCCUGUGGAGUUGCCCAAUAAUUCAGGGUUUGAAGAGGAUUCCAAUUAUGGAGACUUUGAAGGAACAGAUGUGAAAGAUAUGAGACUAGAAGCCGAAGCUGUUGUGAAUGAUGUUCUGUUUGCUGUCAGCAACAUGUUUGUCUCAAAAACCCUUCCCUGUGCAGAGGAUGUGGCAUAUAUCAAUGUGGAAACUAGAGAAAGGAACAGAUACUGCCUGGAGCUCACUGAAGCAGGACUCAGGGUAGUAGCUUAUGAUUUUGAUCGGACUGAUGACAGACUGCAAACUCCAUACCAUGAAACUGUCUACUCCCUAUUGGACUCUCUCAGCCCUGCAUAUCGAGAGGUGUUUGGAAAUGCAUUACUACAGAGACUGGAAGCUUUGAAGAAAGACAGUCAGUCAUGA